AUGGCCAACGAAACGACAACUCGUAGUGAUAGAACGCGGCAAGAGCAAAUCAGGAAGCGUCGCCACAAUCUCUUCAAAAGGAUCAAGGAAUUCAAUGAUCGCUAUCAAAUAGAGACGUGGCUCGUGAUGCGAAUGCCAAGUGGCUGGAUUUAUACAUUCAACACUAAUGAUGAGAAAGCUCCAACUGAAGAGGAACUAGCCGAGAGUAAAAAGCCAGUCGUUCGAAAAUGCCCUGAAGACUAUGAGUCGAAAGAGGACUACAGCAUCCGUGUGCGUAGCCCACCGCCAUUCACUUUCCAACGUCCAACGUACAAAAAGUCUCAAAAGCUAGAUUCUAUUGAACAUUUAAUUGAGAGAUUUGAUUGA